AUGGGAAACCAGGAGGCUAAGCAGAGGAAAGCUGCUGCUGCAGGAGCAUCCGAGGAUGGAAGCAACCCCAUUUUUGAAGAGGGGUGGAGAGGGGGAGGGGGAGAAUCAACAAAGAAAGGUGCAAAAAAAUCUCACAGACACGGUGGAAAAGGAGGAGGAUGGGGAGAGCAGGAUACAGGGGGAGGCAAGAAGAAAAACAAAACGGAGUCCAAGUCAUCUGUUUUUUCCAUACGGAAGCGGAAGAGCAACCUCAAGGAUAAAAGAGGAGCACAUUUGUCAACAACUGGCUCAAAAGAGGAUGUUUUGGAGUCUCAAAAUGAUGAUCUGGUCAGUAUUCCCUCUGUGGGCACCAAAACACCAGACCUGUCUGCAGACGAGCUGGGGCAUGAUGAGGAAAAAAAAGUGGAUGCAGAGAAAAAGGACGGAGGAAGAUUAAAAGGACAGGAGAGCAAGCAGCUGGAGCAGCAGCAAACAUCAACAGAAACAACGUCCCCUGCAGAGGAAGGAGUGCAGAAAGGAGGUAGCUCGGGGUCAGACACAGAUAUCUACAGUUUUCAUUCAGCAGCUGACCAAGAAGACCUGCUGGCAGACAUCCAGCUCACCAUCAGGCUUCAGCAACAACAGCAGCAGCAGCAGGACACGAUUAGCUCGAUCCCAGGAGGGGAGAGUGCGCUCAGCUGGGGAGUACGAGAGGAGGAAAGACAGCAAGGUGGCGGAGUAGAGGUAAACUUAACCCCCCCGGAGCUGCUAGACCUGACCCCAGAGUUAGAACUGGGAUCUGAUGCACUGUCAUUCCUAGAGACAGAACAGCUGUCCACUUCAAGACAGAAUGGCCUCACACCAACCCUGGAUGUCUUCCUCAAUGGAGCAGAGGAGCAGAAUGACAAAGGGCAAGACCAGGAGAGGAGAACAACAGCGCAGAAAAAGGAAAUUAGGGUCCAGCAGCAAAAUGACAGAAAAGAGCGAAGAGAGCCAGAAGCUCAUGCUUUUAAGGGCUCUCUUUGUGCUGCCACAGGGACAAAGGACCGACAUGCUCUUGUGCAGUCGCCUCCCCCUUACACAGCCAUCACCAUGGUGAUGGAUGGGGGGGCAGCUUUUAGUCCUGUCACCAAGACAACCAGUGCCAAUGGCUUCUCUGAUAUUCCAGCCUCAUGUGAGAGCUCAGUGGAACUCCCAAAUGAAAAACAAGAGAGACAGAAAGGACUUAAAGAAGUGAGGAACAAAGGGGGAAAUAGGCUGGAGUUCUGUUGUCUUUCAUCAGAUAGGCACAGUGUUGGAUCCAGUAGUUAUAAACUGAGAGAAGGCUUGAAUUCAGUCCCUAAAGAAAACGAGGCUCAGCUCCCAGGUAUCAGGAUUGCUGCUGACUCGCAAGACGACUGCCUGAGUGCUGAAGAUCAACCUGACCAGUCUGAAGCCACAUCAACCAGUAUCCCUCUCCUGUUCCAGCAGUGUAGGAAGAACUGUGUCUCCUUCACUCAAGCCUCGCACCAGGAGAACCCUCCAUCAGCCACACGGCUCAAGAAGUCCCCCCUGUCCUCUACUGUCUCCAGCGCCUCCUCCAGCCCCACAGUCAAACCCUACCCUCCCAUCUGCCCCUCCUACAUCAAGACCACCACACGUCAGCUUAACUCCUUAGGACCCUCUCCAUCACAGUCUCGCUCCCAAAGCCCCCUGUCCCAGCGCAGGGCCAAUGACAAGGUUCUCAGAGCCACAGCUGAACGCCGGCAGGCCCGCAGACCGCGUUCUCACAGCCUCUCCAGGCCCGUCAGCCGCUCCGCUGACUGGACUGACGAGCUCGAGCUAGACAGAAGGCUGAAGCACCGAGGGGAGGACAGCGAAGGGUCUGGUGAACUGGGGGACUACCUGAGGGGUUAUGGAGGCUCCGAGGACAGGCUAAGAGGGGGCAGCCAGCCGAUUUACGCUACCAGAAGGUCUUCCUGUGGGCAAAGCUUCAACUGCAGCUUUCAAGAUGUCUUUAUUGGCCGAACCCUUUUGGAGAAACUCUUCCUCCAGCAGGAAAAGGCAGAGCCAGAGGAGGCAGAGAGACUAUGCUCCAGAAUCCUGGCCAUGGGUCUUCUGUUGCCCUUCACUGACUGUUUCAGAGAGCAACUGGGAGGGAGCGCCACCCAGAUCAACAACGCAACAGCAGAAGCCAAAUUUGAUCAAGACCAGCUUUAUACAUGGGCUGCAGUCAACCAACCCCCCCACUCAAUGGAGGCAUUUGAGGGGAGACUACCAGGCCAGAUCAAGGGAAUCUGGCCUCCGCUGGUACCUGGAGGAGAAAACAAGCCCGAACUCAAAUACGCGGAGGCUGAACACAACACAGCCUUCUCGGGUCUAAAGCAACAACAGAAAAAGGAGAUCAGUGAACAUAAGGAGGAGUGUGUCCUAAAUUCAGUGAAACUGAAAGAAGAGCAUAUCAAUGUUAUCCAACAACUGGAGCAAACCAUUGAAGACCUCAGGACCAAGAUUGCUGAGCUGGAGAGACAGCCUCCUAUUCUGGACAGAGACAAUGUCACAACCGUCAGCACCAGAGACCAGGAGUGUGGCAACGAGGAAGGCUUUUUCAGGGCUUUGUGUGACGUCCAUCUACAAACGGAAACACUGAUGGACUUGAGCUGCCUGGAGGUCAAAUCAGUCCAGACAUCCCCCAUGGAUGAAAGCUUUAAGUUCAAACUGCCUUGUGUUAUUAAUGAGGCAAGUUUGGUGUCGUUUCAGACAGGGGGUUUGAAGGAGACUGCACACCAAGAACUUUGUGGUGAGCUCAGUAUACGUGUGCCCACCUCCCCCAAAGCAGUGCAAGCAGAGUUCAAGUGUACUUGUAAACAGCAGCAGCAGCGGCAAGACACUGGCUCACAACCUUCUCCAUCUCCAUCGCCUCUUUCGGAAUUACAAAUGCUCCCUCCACCUCCCCCACCCCCUCCACCGCUUCCUGGAGGUCCAGUGCUAACUCCUCCUCCCCCACUACUUCCGGGACGAUUAAUGCAACCUCCUCCUCCCCCACCUCCUCCACCCCUUCCAGGAGGUUCAAUACACCCUCCUCCUCCCCCACCUCCUCCACCCCUUCCGGGAGGUUCAAUACCGCCUCCUCCUCCCCCAACUCAACCCCCCAACCCAGAAGGACCAAUGUCACAACCUCCACCUCCUCCACCCCUUCCAGGUGGACUGAUGCCACCUCCACCCCCCUUGCCUCCUCCGCCCCUUCCAGGAUACACAGUGGCACCUCCUCCUCUUCCCUGUGGCCUUGUUCCACCUUUGCCUCCACCACCUUUACCUGGAAUGGCGGUCCCACCUCCACCUCCUCCACCUCCUGGGUGUGGGCUGCCCCCGUACCUUUCUCUGCCAACGGGCCCUUGUGGUAAGCUUGCUCCUCCAGGCUUAGGAUCCCUGCCACCUCCUCUGCCUUUUGGUCUUUUCUCUCUAGGCAUGGAACAGGGGAAGCCUCCCAGGAAGACUGUGGUGGAGCCACCAAAACCCAUGAAACCACUCUACUGGACACGGAUACAGUUGCACACUAAAAAGGAGAUGUCUUCUUCACUGGUGUGGGAUAAAAUUGAGGAACCUGAAGUGGACUUUCAGGAAUUUGUGGAGUUGUUCUCCAAGACAGCGGUGAAGGAGAAGAAGAAGCCAUUGUCAGACACAAUUACCAAGUCCAAGGCCAAACAGGUGGUAAAGCUCCUUAAUAACAAGCGCUCUCAAGCAGUAGGGAUCCUCAUGUCCUCCCUGCACCUCGAUAUGAAAGACAUUCAGCAUGCCAUCCUGAACCUUGACAACACAGUAGUGGAUCUGGAGACCCUACAGGCACUCUACGAAAAUAGAGCACAAGAAGACGAACUGGACAAGAUUGAAAAGCACAUCAAGUCAUCAAAAGACAAGGAUACUGCCAAGCCCCUGGACAAACCUGAGCAAUUUCUAUAUCAGCUCUCCCUGAUUCCUGACUUCUCUGGUCGAGUUUUUUGCAUCCUCUUCCAGUCCACCUUUUCCGAGUGCAUCCAAUCCAUACUGAGAAAACUGGAUAUACUGCAAAGAGUAUGCAAGACCCUUCACAGUGGUGCCGGGGUGAUGCAGGUGCUGAGUUUGGUUCUUGCUUUUGGCAAUUUCAUGAAUGGAGGCAACAGAACGAGGGGACAGGCUGACGGCUUCAACUUGGACAUCCUUCCCAAACUCAAAGAUGUCAAGAGCAGUGAUAAUACAAGAAGUCUUCUGUCCUAUAUAGUUGCUUAUCAUCUGCAACACUUUACUGAGGAAGCGGGGAGAGAAAAUUGUUUCUACCCUCUCCCUGAGCCUCAGGACCUAUUCCAGGCUUCACAGAUGAAGUUCGAAGAUUUUCAGAAAGACCUGAGUCGACUGAGGAAGGACCUGAGAGCUUGUACCUCAGAGGUGGUGAAGGUUUGUAAGGUUUCAGAGGAAGAACACCUGCAGCCCUUCAAAGACAAGAUGGAGGAGUUUCUUACCCAAGCUAAAAGUGAACUGGAGACUCAGGAGGUUCAGCUUAGCACCACACACACAACGUUCCUGGAGCUUACAGUGUUCUUUUCUGUGAAGGCUAAGUCAGGAGAAAAGGAGGUUUCUCCCCACACGUUCUUCUCCAUAUGGCAUGAGUUUUCAUCGGACUUCAAGGACCUCUGGAAGAAGGAGAACAAGAAUAUUCUCCAGGACAGGUUAAAAGUAGCAGAGGAAUGCUUCCGACAGGCCAAGGAGAAGGCCACUUACAGUGUCAAGCCCAAACACGCUUCAGGAAUCAAAGCCAAGCUUGGCAUGAAGACCUGA